AUGGCAAGUAUGUUUUUUCAAUCUGUCAAUCUGGGUAGUCAUUUUCUGACAGAUCUGGGCGGCGAAAGCCCAAAAACCGGGCCACUAACAGUACCAACGGGUUACGGUGGUGGCACUCCGCAGCAGUCCUCAGCGGGAUUCUCUCGUCCGGAUUGUGCAACAAACUCGUUUACCCUGGCGGCGUUUAGAUCACCUGGUUUGCUUGGAACGCAUGGAUUCAAUUUUGGUAACAACUUUGGGUUUCGUGAUCCAUCCGCGUACGAUCCAACGAAUGUACAUCCGGCACCGAUUCAGCAGCACUUACCUCAGACAAAUGGAAACAAUUUACUAAAUCUGGCGCAUGGAUUCCGCGGUAGCAAUGAUACCAGCCCUGUGAAUUUAUACCUUGGAAACUCCAGCCCUACGAGGGAUACGAAUUUGGAAUCAUACUGUUAUCAAAAGAAAGGCUAUCCGGACAGUCAGGAGAAUUUGAAUUUUAACGAGCAGAACAAAGACGACGAAGUUGACAUUCUUAGUCGCGAAAACAGUCCAAACGGCAGGAUAAAUUACAAUUCCGAUAGUUCAGAUAUUCGGGAUAAGCGUCAGGAUACCUGCAGCCCGGUGGACAGUUCGCGAUCGUACUCUAGUCAAACCAAAGACGAUCUCGUCGGUUAUCACAGUCCCCACAACGACAGCGUGGGAUCACGAAGUCCCGAGAACCUGACGCACGUCGGUGUCAACAAUCCAGCACUCACACCAGUCAGUGGGGGUUACACACCGAACAAUCAAAACUGUUCCGCAAUCGGAAACAACAAUAAUCUGAUCAACAACAACCACUUGAAGGGCAAAUCGCACACAAUCUCCGACAUGUUGGAUCACAAGUUGCAGUUAAGCUUCUUGGGACCGCCCCUAGCGGCGCUUCAUUCGAUGACCGAGAUGAAGGCCCAGGGAGGCAGUCCAAUGCAGACCACUCCACCACAAACUCAUCCCCAUCAAACGGGAGUGAUGGGAGGCAAUGGAGGUGGUGGUGGAGCACCGAAUCCGCACGGGAUCGAUACGAUACUGUCUCGACCACCGCCGGUAACCAGUGCCCAGUUGAAUGCCUUAGGAGGUGGAAUGCCUCGCUUCACGGCAGCCGUCGCUGCCGCCGCCAACAUGGCUCAGUAUCUCUCUCAAAGCCACGGUGCUCCACUGAAAGCGCACUCGGGACCACUGGUGGACCGGACACAUCUUUACUGGCCUGGCCUGCAGGGGUUGGUUACGAAUCCGAUAGCAUGGCGGGAGCGGCUUGGUUCAAUGUCCGCCAGUCUAUCACAAUCGCAUCACAACCAGGACAAGGACGGUAAAAAGAAACACACCCGACCGACCUUCAGCGGGCAGCAGAUCUUUGCGCUGGAGAAAACCUUUGAGCAGACUAAAUAUCUGGCGGGACCGGAAAGGGCGAAACUGGCAUACGCACUGGGGAUGACCGAGUCACAAGUUAAGGUGUGGUUCCAGAACCGUCGAACUAAGUGGCGCAAGAAGCACGCGGCCGAAAUGGCUACCGCCAAGCGGAAACAAGAAGAACUGGGCGAUGGUGACGGUGACUGUAGCGAACCGAUGGACUCGGACUCGGAAAGUUUGGAUCUGGUGGACACGGGAAACAGUAGUCGGAAGCGCUGUCGGAUGGAGGACGACCUGAGGCAUUAGUAUUAGGAUAGACUUGUAUGCUGAGCAAAUUGUUGAGUUUUAUUUAUUGUACUCUGUGAUCAGUGGUUUGUAUUUUCUAUCUCAAAGUCACGCCCCGAAUCAUCUCGAUCUACUUUACAGUGAAACUAUUGCUUAGGAAUGUUAUUAGUCAAAAUCUUUCAAAAAAUUGUUUUUCUUUCACAUCUUCCAACGGAGAAUAUAAACUACUGAUCUUCCUUCUACGCUGUAUAGAAUUGUCAGAAUUUCUUUGAAUCUGAAAAAGCUAACAAUUGAAGUGUAUUUUAAAAGAAUCUAAAAAUUCCCAGUUGAAAAUAAUGGACAAAACGAAUUUACUAUACAUUAAUUUAACUAAUGCUGAUUUUAGAGAGUAUGUGAGUAUGUAGCGAACAGUGCGAACAAACCGAGUCAAAAAUGAACGAAAAAAGUGAGUGAGUGAAAUUGAAAAAUGUGAUCUAUAGAAAUUAUCAUUGUAUUUAGCAUGUAACCCUUUUACUAAGUGAAGACGUAAAAUUACUACCUUCUAGGCAACAAAAUGCUUAUUUUUCAGUAGUUGCUGGAAAACAGUGCAUUCCAACUAUAGUUUAUAAAUUGAGUAUUUAUUUUGGGAGCAAGCUCAAGAGAUGACAAACGUCACGGAAGCAUAGUGUAAAAUGAUUUCUUAUAAUAGUGGGACGGAGAGAAAAAGAGGAAUAAGAAGCAGAAGAAGAAGCACAAUAAGCGAUGUAAAAAGUUUGAAUUCUCAGUAUUUAAAUAAAUUUCCUUGCGUCAUAGUGAUUCGUAUUCAAUUACCUAAUGAUAAAACUGAAUAAAUCAAAACAAACUAAAGAAACCCAUCUGUAAAACUUAUAUAAGUUUA